AGGGGUGAGAAGCAUAAAUGUGCGUGUGUUUCUGCAGAGGAGGGGGCAUGGGCCCCUGCCGGGCUGCACAGGGGAGGGUGGGGUGGGACUUUUCCAGAGAGGGAGCCAGGCCUGGCCCGGGCCCCGGGAGCUCACGUCACCCCCACCCCUCACUUCUCCAGGGAACUGCCAAAGCCAAACCCAUCGGACGGGAUUAUGUGUACUGGGUAGACGCGUGGAGAGGGGCGGCGAGAAGAGAUCUCGGUGGCAGAGAGAAGCAGAGGCAGAGAGGGCAUGGAGAGGGGUCGGCAUCAGAGAAGGGGCAGGCAGUGACCAUCACCCCGUUUCUUCUUCCCUCAGCUGGAGACAGAGUCAGGCAGAGCCUGAAGACUUGGGUGGAACAUGGGCCCUUCUCUGGAGACCCUGGCCUCCCCCGUUCAGUCAGGGCGGAGUUGCUGACCUCAGUGGCUGGCCCAGCCAGGGGAAGGAGUGGCCAUCGGCAACCCCCUCCCCAACCCCAAGCCCUGAGGCGCCCGCUCUGGCUCAGCCACUCUGAUGCCUCCCUCAAAUUCCGAACCCUAGGUCUCAGGGAGGGCAGUGGGGCUGAGGGUCUGCCCCCAGGCACAUUCCUACCCUUCUCUUGGUCAUUUUCCGCCCCAGAGCUGGCCCACCUCAGCAAUGGGAGGGCUCCCUGGAUUCCUCUCCCGAGUGCCUUUCAGAUCCAACAGAAACAGAUUUUUUUUUUCCUGGAAAGCAGAACUAAGAGUGGGAUGAGGAGCAGGGGUGGGAAGGACUCAAAGUGAGAAGAAGGGGGCAAAGAGAG